CCCUUACUAAUACAUCCAGGAAAGUAGUGAGCAAAGCUAGCACUGCUGAGCCGACAUUGCUUCACCCGACACGACAUGCGCGACGUUAACAGCUGAAGUCUCGCACGUGAACCUACAGUCAGUCGUGAUGUCAGAGCCGAAGUCUCCUACUCCAUCCCCUGGAGACACGUACAAGGGUUGGCUUUUCAAAUGGACUAACUACAUUAAAGGCUACCAGAGACGCUGGUUUGUUCUGAGCAAUGGACUUUUGUCUUACUACAGGACCCAGGCAGAGAUGGGUCACACAUGCCGAGGCACCAUCAACUUGGCCACGGCCAAUAUUGCUGUGGAGGACUCGUGCAAUUUUGUUAUUUCCAACGGAGGUGCGCAGACCUACCACUUGAAGGCCAGCUCAGAAGUAGAGCGGCAGCGAUGGAUCACCGCUCUGGAGCUCGCCAAGGCAAAGGCCGUCCACAUGCAGGCUCAAUCUGAUGACUCGGGUGAUGACUGUCCUGCAGUGCCCGCCACCUCAGGACAGGGGGGAGGCUGCCGCAACUUAGAAAUCCAGUCCACACUUCGCACACUCGGCAGCAAGGUGGAGGACCUCAACACCUGCAAUGAUCUCAUUGUCAAGCAUGGGUCUGCACUCCAAAGGUCUUUGUCGGAACUGGAGGGGAUUCGUGUCGCAGGAGACAUGGGGGAAAAGAUGAGACAAGUUACAGAGAGAGCCACACUGUUCAGAAUCACCUCCAAUGCCAUGAUUAAUGCAUGUAGAGACUUCCUCUCCCUGGCCCAGAACCACAGUAAGCGCUGGCAGAAGGCCCUACAGGUUGAGCGAGACCAAAGGAUCCGGCUGGAGGAGACUCUGGAGCAGCUGGCCAAACAGCACAAUCACUUGGAAAGAGCGUUCAGAGGAGCCACAGUUCUCCCCCCCUCAUUCAGCAAUCCCGCCUUAGCUCACAAAGACAAAAAAGGCGAUGCCAGUGACGAGGAAGAUGACAAUGAGUUCUUCGAUGCGAUGGAAGAGCCAGCAGAGUUUAUCACCGUCCCUGCCGACCCCAAGUAUCACAGGAGAUCUGGCAGCAACGCCAGUGGGUUCAGCAGUGAGAUUGGCAUGGAAGAUCAGUCCGUAAAUUUUGAUGAACUGUCUUUGGCAUCCAACCCAGAGUCGCCGCAGCCCCUUGAGCUAGAGCCCGUUCGACAGAGGCGGACUCGUAUCCCCGACAAGCCCAACUAUUACCUCAAUCUGUGGAGCAUCAUGAAGAAUUGUAUUGGAAAGGAGCUCUCAAAGAUACCAAUGCCUGUGAAUUUCAAUGAGCCCCUCUCAAUGCUGCAACGUCUUUCUGAAGACCUGGAGUACUACGAGCUGCUGGAUAAGGCUUCUAAAAGUCAGAGCUCUCUGGAGCAGAUGUGUUAUGUAGCUGCUUUCACCGUCUCCUCCUACUCCACCACUGUCCACCGCACGGGGAAACCCUUCAAUCCUCUGCUGGGAGAAACGUUUGAGCUCGAUAGGCUAAAAGAAUGUGGCUACCGCUCCCUCUGUGAACAGGUGAGUCACCACCCACCUGCUGCUGCUCACCAUGCCAGCUCUGAAAAGGGCUGGACCCUCAGACAAGAGAUUACCCUGGCCAGCAAGUUUAGAGGAAAAUAUCUCUCCAUCAUGCCUUUGGGUUCUAUCCAGUGUUUAUUUGAAAAGAGCAACAAUCACUACUCUUGGAAGAAAGUGACGACAACUGUACACAACAUCAUUGUUGGAAAGUUAUGGAUUGACCAGUCAGGGGAGAUCGAUGUGGUGAACCACAAGACAGGAGAUCGCUGCCACCUUAAGUUUGCUCCCUAUAGUUACUUCUCCAGAGAUGUACCAAGAAAGGUAACGGGAGUCGUAACCGAUAAGGAUGGGAAGGCCCAUUACGUGCUUUCAGGAACCUGGGAUGAGAAGAUGGAGUUUUCCAGGAUAAUGCAGAGCAGUAAAGGCGAGAACGGCACCGAAGGCAAACAGAGGACCGUCUAUCAGACCCUCAAAGCCAAAGAAAUCUGGAGAAAGAACCCCUUACCCGAGGGAGCGGAGAACAUGUACUUCUUCUCCUCGCUGGCCUUGACGCUCAAUGAGGCUGAAGAGGGGGUGGCGCCGACGGACUGCCGACGGCGCCCUGACCAGAGGUUGAUGGAGGACGGCCGUUGGGACGAGGCGAACGCAGCGAAACAGCGGCUCGAAGAGAAACAGCGCAUCGUCCGCCGAGAAAGGGAGAGGGAGGCUUUCAAAGCAGCCAGCACGCCGGAGGAAGCUGUCACUGAGGAUUCAGUCAAUGAUUCACCCUCGAAAACUGAUGCAGUGGAGACUGGCACAGAAGCAAAUGAGGCUUUGGAUGAAACUGACACAGAGGACUCUCAUCCCCAUACACCUGUUGCAUCCCCUUAUGGACCAUCACUCUCCCCAUAUCUAAUGGAAGGCAAUGAAGGUCCUUAUGGAGCUCAAAUAAAAAGCACCCAUCCAGACAACUACCAAGCGAUGUGGUUUGAGAAGUUGGACGACCCCGUGUCCGGAGAGACCUUGCACGUCUACAAGGGCGGUUACUGGGAGGCGAAGGAACAAGGCGGCUGGGACGUGUGCCCUAAAAUCUUCUGAGUCGGCCUCUCGUCCUCAGUUGGUGUGCAAACCUGACAUCAGCUGGUCUUCAAUGUCUGCAGCUUCAACUGAUCACCCCACUCUGUUCCCCAGUGAUUUGCUCAGGGUUAAGGGCAUCUGGACUUCACCCUCAACGCAGGCACGAUGCACAUGGUAGCAUUGUUGUAACAUUGCAGCCGAUUAGUGUUCAGAAUUCCCUCUCACUGCCUCUCACACAGAUGUUUAUCUUUGUCCUCUGCUUGUUCUCUGUUGAGUCGCAGCCGGCAGAAGGUUAUUCUAAUAAUGUCCUCAUGCAUUUUCUUCAAAAGCACUAAUAACAAAAGCGUAAUUCAUCCAGAUGACGUCUUGCAGUAUACAAGGUUUGCUUGGAGAGUGAGCGGCUCCAGAACAUGUAAUUUAUGAGUUUGUUUUUUGUUGGGCACUCCCGAUUAUGACUCCUCUUGCACUGCAGUGAGUCAGUUUAACAUAAAAGAAAUUCACUAUACCAGUUUCAGAUCGCAUCAAAUGCAUUGGUGCGUGCGUUUCAGUGCUUCUGACAAAAGACGGAUGAAUACUGUUUCUUUAAGAAGUAAUUAAUGGUGUAUUUAAACAAUUAUCUCUGGACUGGUUUACAAUGCUAAGUGUCACAAACGCAAAGACGUGAUAUGUUUGCCUUUUUGAAUUUAUGGUAAAUUGCGGCGCUACUUACUUACCUGAAGUGAAACGACUCCGGAGGUGUACUAAAUCUACAUGUUAGCCUUUUUUAAUUUUUGUAAUUAACUAGUGAACAUUCAACAAUUUGUUUGUAGUAUUGUUUUUGGAACUUCCUCCCAAUUCCCCUGUAAAAUAUACAUAGUAGCUGUAAAGAGAUGUGAAAGUAGUUCCUUAUGAAUAUACCACUCCAUAUAUGUCCCCGGUCAAGUUUGGUUUGGCUGUUUGCAAAAGUAUUUGUGGGUCUACAAAGUCAUUACAUAUAUAUAAGCAGUUCUUUUCACGCUAAAAGAGUAAAUUGCCACAUGUAUUUUUUUUUUUUUAUUGAAUGAUUUAAAAAUGUUCAAUUUAGCACAUUAAGUUGAAUACAAUAUGUUCUUUAUAUGAUCCCAUUUUGAAUACUAUAUGAAUAAAAAUAGUGGUAAAAAGACGUGUACCAAUGAAAAUAUGAAGUAAAGAAAUUACCAAUGGCACCAUUUUUUUUUCCUUGUAUUUUGUCCUUCAAGAAUUAACUUUAUUAAUACUAAAUCCACUUUUUGAGUAAGUAAAUCACAUGUAUAGUCACUAAAUGACAUUCUAAAUUCUUCAUUGCAAAAAAAAAAGUAUAUUUAUUUUUUUAACGGUCAAAAAACCCUUAUUUCUGUCCUUCAAGAGCCAGUAAAUAUCAUCCCUUUUUUUAUGGUACACCAGUACUAGCGAGCCAGUACGAGCGAGGUCGCGGUCCCCCUGAUCUAUUGGAUAGCCGGCUGCAAUCUUUUUAAUUUGUGAAUGGGGCUCAAGCUAAAACGGGACAUUAAAUCACAGAUUAUAGAGUAAGAUUCUCGUGAGAUUAACUAAUCGGUGUUUAAAAAUAAAAUUCUGUUUUGAUUCUCCACUCAAGCACACUAUUUUCAGACUUGUAUUUUCACACCCAAUGUUUGUGCCCUCACUAAUACUUCGAUCCAUCAUUUAAAUUCUGCUAUUGAGGGUCAAGCUGAGCCAUGUGCUGAUCUCUACGGGCUUGAUGCUCAGUGAAUUCAAGGAAAAUGUAUUUUUGGUUUCCCUCAAAGUAUCGAUAAUAGCUUUAAUCUCGAUCUAGAAUAUUUUAGUCGUGUUAUUAUUGGAGUGUAGUUUUUUUAACACAGCAAUAAGAGUGCCUCGGUGUGUGCGUAUGGCAAAAAAAUGAAAUGUGUGAAACGAGAUUGCUAAAAUAGAAAUCUGUCGUAUUUUUCCACGUUGUCGUUUGUCAUAUGAAUGAAAGGACUGUAUGGUUGAUGGAAAAUCGAAAUUUCAAUAUAUAUUUAAGUGUACUUUAAACACUAAAAAUGAAGAUCAUAAAACAUGUUAUAUUUCUGUAAAUAGUAAAGUAAUUGUGAUAUUAACUCGUUAUAUUGAUAGAGAAUCAAAUGGCGGUGAUGCACUUUUGCUUUAUUUUUGUUGCUUUGUUCAUUGUAGUUUGCGCACUGCUGGAUGUAAACUGUCUAGCAGCUAGGAUAGCUUUAUUUAAAUUAUAUUAAUUUGUUUGGGUCUGAACCAUCCCUUCAUUUGAUUGACCGUUUCGGCAAACAUGUAAGUACAUGAAGAGUGUGAGGAAUGUACAGCUUGAUGCUACACUGUCUCUUAAGUUUAAGAUUUUACAGGUUUCCAUCUUUUAUGGCUCUUUCAACAUUAAGAUAAUCUUGAUUUUAAGUGUCGACCCUUUUCCAGCUAGGUUUGUUUUACCCUGCAAGGUAGGAGGAUGGUCACAAUGGCACAACUUCCCACAAUUCCCCAAAAUCUUGCCCUACUUGAUUUGACAAUUGGUCAACUUUUGAUGUUGGCUACUAAAGUGAUGAGUUUGUUCUGGAAACUUUUCCUGAGCCAUGUUAAAUAAUUGCAAAUAGACAUACAUUAGUUAUAAUGUACACAUUGACUCACUGUUCUACUGAGAGUACUUUUAACCUUUUGUGUCCUUUAAUGCAUUUUUUUUAGCAGAAUUGUCUUUAGGGACUGGCAAUAUUAAAGUCUGAAAGAAAAUA